CUUUAUUUCAUAUCCCGGAGUAAUAUUUUUGAGUUCUUCAAUAAGUUUGGGACUCACCCAUCUUGUUUUCUAUUUACACCUGAGUGACAGGCGGUGGCCGGGAAGAAAACAUAUGAAGGAAGGAGAAGGAUGUGGAAACCAUGGAUGGUUAGGGCUUUAUACAAUACCCUAGUACCACCACCCCGUCCUCAAAACCGUGUUCGAUCCUUCUUCUCGACCUUCGCCCUGAAGAAUGUCACGAAAUCGAACUUCGACUCCGCCCUUGAAGAUUUGCGCCCCCUCAUCCGAGAUGCAGACUUCGUUGCAAUCGACCUGGAAAUGACUGGAGUCGCCAGCGCUCCAUGGAGGGAGUCCUUCGAGUUCGACAGCUCUGACAUUCAGUACCUCAAAGUCAAAGACUCCGCCGAGAAGUUUGCCGUCAUUCAGUUGGGCGUUUGUCCAUUCCGAUGGGACUCUCUCCAGAAGUUCUUCAUUGCUCAUCCACAUAACUUUUACAUAUUCCCACAUCAAGAAAAACCUGGAAAUGACCAAUCAUAUGAGUUCUUAUGCCAGACAACAUCUCUUGAUUUCUUGUCCAAAUAUCAGUUUGAUUUCAAUAAAUGUUUGAGUGAAGGGGUCUCAUAUUCAUCCAGAUUGCAAGAAACCAUAGCAUUGAAACACCUAAGUUCAAUGUGCAUGGAUGAAUCUUUUGAUUCCUUAUCUGGCUCAAGAAAAGUUGGAGACAUGCAAUUUUCUAGAAUGGAAGAUGUUCUAUUUGCUGAGCGAAUGAAAAUCAAGAUCCGUGAAUGGCGUGAUGGUUUGUUACAUGGGAGCAAUAGUAAUUACAUAUUUCCACGGACAUCAAAUAAUUCAGAUAAGAGAUAUGAGACUACUUUCUUCAAAAAUCGCCCAGCAUUUGUCCUUAACGGGUUUACUUCUCACCAGAAGAAGUUAAUUCAGUUGGUCACAGAAAACCAUUUCAAAGAUCUUGCAUUUGUUCGUGUCCAUAUUGAUGAAACUUUGUGUCCAAGGCAUUUAGUUGUUUAUACCGAUUCCAAAGAGGACAUGGGUUUGCUUAUGAAGGAAGUAAAGGACUGUAUUCUUAAGGAAGCAAAAAGAAAAGUAAAAUCUGCAGCUGGGUUUCGAAAUGUUAUUGAUCUUCUUUCAUCUGAGAAGAAGCUGAUUGUUGGUCACAAUUGCUUUCUUGACUUUGCUCAUAUAUAUGGCAAGUUCAUCGGCCAACUCCCUUGCAGUGCUGAAGAGUACGCUACCUCUCUUCGAAACUACUUUCCCUACAUAAUGGACACAAAGGUACUUUUGAAUGCAAAUGACUCUUUUCAGUCCUCAAUGAAGAAAAGCAGCACAUCACUAUCCAAAGCAUUUGCAUCUGUUUGUCCUGGAAUUGCAUCAGGUGUGAAGGGCUAUAGUUUAGGGUGUGUUGAGGUGGAGGUUCAAGUGGACGAGAAGAGGUUGCUGAACUGGAACUCUGGAACCAAACAUGAGGCUGGCUAUGAUGCAUUUAUGACAGGAUGCAUAUUUGCUCAGGCAUGCAGUCGUCUGGGAGUUGAGUUUAACAUGAAUUCAUCCCCACUUGGUCUAGCUGAUGAAAAGAAACUUCAAAAAUACGUCAAUCUUCUCUAUCUUUCUUGGGUUAGUGGAGAUGUAAUUGACCUAAGAACUGGAACGUGUAAUGCAGACCGUUUGGCUUCUGCCUCUCUCAAAACUCAGUACAGGCAAAUUGAUUUUCAAAAAAUUGUUGUGCUGUGGGGCUUACAAAAUACUCUAAAACCAAGUGACAUUAGAGAAUGCAUAUCAAGGGCAUUUGGUCAAAACUCUGUUUCUUCCAUCUACUCCAUAGACAAAACUGCUGUAUUUGUUCAGUUCAGCCAAACCGAAGCGGCUUUGGAGUUCCUUGAUUUGAUGGAAAUGCUAGGGAAGAAUAAUGGUCCGUUGUCAGUUUUGCAUCCUCUCUCAAGGCUUUUAGAGGGUGGCUGCUCGCGUGCUGCAGACUAUGAGGUUUACAGACAAGUUUGCAUUUCACCUCUUUCAAAAAUCUUAUUUGCAGAUCAGGCUGAAGCCGUCAAAAUCAAAAGCGAUGGGUUGAAAGCCACUCUAGAACACAAACCAUUCGUCACAGAGGUUGAAGAUAACGCCUUCCGUGCUCCCUCUGAUGAUAAACAUACUACCUUUGCUCAAAGCUUCUAGAUGACUCUCUCUCACUGGCAAUUUUUGGUUUUUUAUUUUAGUCAUUACUAGUACUACAUUAUAUGAUAUGCUCUACUUAGUUGUGAGCUAUGCACAAUGUAAAUAGUUAGAGAACAGCACUUGUGUUCUUUAUCUUGGUUUUUGAUGGUUGCUGCAACUUUCUAUUUUAGUGCAAAGACAUCCAGUGGCAGGUCCUUCAAUGGUACUUGAAUAGACAUGUUGAGUGAGUUUUAGGCUUUGUUUGUUUGGAUUCAAAAAAUAGAGUUGGAUGUUGGGA